AUGACUGUGAAGGAUCUUCCAGUUGGCUUUAAGUUUCAUCCAACUGACCAAGAAUUGUUAGGAUAUUACCUUCGCAGCAAGGUUUCUGGAGAACCAUUCAGGUACGAGCCGCGAAUCAAAAGCUUUGAUCUUUAUGGCAAGACAGAGCCAUGGGACAUAUGGACAGAGUUUGGAGGACCGGAACUAGACCAAAGUGAAGACCUCUAUUUCUUUACCAAACUGAAGAAGAUGGGCGACUCGGCAUCUAUGUAUCGUGCUCGAAGGUCGGGUUCUGGGACCUGGAAAGGUAAGAACAAAGGGGUCACCGUUUAUGAUUCCAAGAAUAAGAAGAUUGUGUUAGGGACACGCAAACUGUUUCAUUAUGAGAAUAAUGAAUCGGAUCAAAACCGUUGUUGGAUCAUGCAUGAGUAUAGCAUUCCUCCUUCAAACACUAGCGAUCUUCCUCAUGAAUAUGUGCUCUGCCGAAUCCGAAUCAAUGUGGAUAGAAGGAGAAAGUUGGUUGCAAAGAAAGUGUCCCAAAACCAUGUUAAUAAUGAGGCCAUUGAUCAUGAGUAUGAACUGGAGGAUCAGACCACUAUGACUCAGGAAACCUAUGCCGAGCUGAAUGACAUUAAUCCACCAUUAGAGGACAAUGAUGCCUUCAACACCAGCACUGAUCAUGUUAGCAAUGCAAGCAAAUCGCUUCACACAUCUCAACCACUGCCAUCAUAUCAUCCUAAAUUAGAGGUUAUGGCAUGUGAAACAAAUGUGGAGCUUACUGAUCAUGACAAUGUUCACGACUAUCCGCUUUAUGAGGAUUAUGUGUUCAACUCGAUCAAUGUUGGUGAUACUCAUCGACUGCAGCACCAGUCUUUCAGAACACUGACCGAGACACUAAAGAGUGGAUCAUACCCUCCAUAUUCUUAUCCCAGCUUCCAAAGGUCCAGUAACAAAGUCGGAGAGAGCAGUGCUGGUGCUGUGGCUAAGGCCGGGCAACAAUAAGCUCAAAGCACAACAAUGAUGUGUGUUUGCAACCAUCCAACAUGGCCUUUGUCCUCUAGGUUGAUAGAUGUAUGGUCUCCAUCUGAUGAAUCAAAAUAUCAGUCCUUUUUAGGAUAAAUAUCUGUGGAGAUUAUGCAUAAGAAUUCAUUUAUAAGGUUGAAACAUCUAUGAUUUCUAUAUCUCUAGUCCUUGACUGGCUUUCUUCAGGUCUUCGACUUGUAGUUGGA